CUAAAGAGUAAAUUCCCUUUCUCUAUUUUGUCCCAAAACAAAUAAUUUCCCCUUUACAACAUUCAAAUCCCGCGCAAUGUAUCUCUCACGUUACCAAUUCUCUUCAUCUUCACAAUCUUAGGGCUUAAUACAUUUCUCAUCUCUCUCUCUCUCUCACCGCUCUGAUCAACAAUAACCGCUUCUGAUGACCGACGACAACUCCAAUCUCUCCGCCGCUGCCGGCGGCGAUUCAUCACGUCCGCCUUCGACGUUCGUCAAAAUAGGUGACCGGACACGUUUCACUGUUGAGCUUCGUGAAGGUGAAACCACAAUCGUAUCGUGGAAGAAGCUUCUCAAAGAUGCUAAUAAGGUUAACGAUGGAUCCUCGUCCGCUGCGAUUGAGCAGGUUCCCAAAGCGAACCAUGCGCUUGAAGCUCGAAUCGGUUCUGGGCAAACUGAGAAUAAAGAAGAAGAUGCUCCCCAGACAAACCGGUUCAGUGCUGUAAUAGAGAAGAUUGAACGGCUUUACAUGGGUAAUGAUAGUAGCGACGAGGAGGAUCUACCCGUUGUUCCUGAUGAUCAGUAUGAUACUGAAGACUCUUUCAUUGAUGAUGCUGAGCUGGAUGAAUAUUUUGAGGUUGAUAAUUCUGCAAUCAAACAUGAUGGUUUCUUUGUAAACAGGGGGAAAUUGGAGCGCCUAAAUGAACCUUCGGCAUUACCUAAUCAACCAGAAAAGAAGAAGCGCCGGAAAGAUAUAUCGAAGAAUCCAGGUGAAAACGUUGAUGGACAUGUACCAAAUAAACGUGUAAAAGUGGGCAAGACAGCUGCUGGAAAGACUGCAUCAUUACCUGUGAAGAAUACAGUUGAUUCCUCACAGAAUUUGGCUGUACCUGGUGAACAUGAUGAAGACUUGAAAUCUCAGAAUCAAUUCGAGAUCUCUGGAAUUACUUUGAAAAAGAAAACGGCUGAUACUAGACCAAUUUCAGAUCCUUCUCUCUGUUUGAAAGCAUCAAAUAAUGAUGUCCCUUCUGUGGUUGUCUGUUUGAAAGCGUCAGAUAAUGAUGUCCCCUCUGUGGUAGAAGCCAAAGAUGCUGAUAAACAGAAGACAGGAGUACUUCAAUCUAAGACCAGAGUAGAUAAGAAUAAAGAUGCAAGUGGAGUGCACGAUACUGCUGAUCAGAAGUACCAAGAAAAAAGUGUUUAUGCACAUUCCAAACCCCAACCUGGACGAACCCCAAGUAGGGCUGAUUGUUUAGAAAAUACAGGUGGAUCAACAGAUAAAAAUGGCAUUGAUGAAUUACCAGAUCUUAACUUGUCUGAGGGAAAAUCUGUGAUGCAAGCACCAAAAUCUAAAAACAUGCUAAAAAAAGAUUGCUCCGCUUUGAGGCCAAAAUCUACAAUUCUUGAGAAAGCUGUUCAAGAUUUAGAGAAAACGGUUGCAGAAUCAAGGCCACCAAUUAUGGAAAAACAGGAGGUUGAUAGCACAUCUCAAGCUAUUAAACGGAGAUUACCCAGGGAAAUAAAACUAAAACUUGCUAAAGUUGCUAGAUUAGCGCAGGCAAGCCAAGGGAAAGUAUCACAGGAGUUAAUUAAUCGUCUUAUGAGUAUUCUUGGGCACCUGAUUCAGCUCAGAACACUAAAGAGAAACUUGAAAAUUAUGAUCAAUAUGGGUUUGUCUGCAAAGAAGGAGAAAGAUGAUAGGUUUCAACAAAAAAAGAAGGAAGUUAUUGAGAUGAUAAAGAUGCAGGCCCCAUCUAUUGACUCCGAGCAACGGCAGCAAGCUGGAGUAUCUGGUGAUCAAGAAUUGGGUUCUGAUGGAAAAGCAAUAUCCAAAAGGAAUUUUAGUAUGGACACUGCAUUGGAGGACAAGAUUUGUGAUCUCUAUGACCUUUUUGUUGAUGGAUUGGAUGAAACUGCAGGUCCGAUAAUCAGAAAGUUGUAUGCUGAGCUAGCUGCACUAUGGCCGAAUGGUUGCAUGGAUAACCAUGGGAUCAAAGGUGCAAUUGUCCGGGCAAAAGAGAGGCGCAGAGCAUUACACAAUAGAAAUAAGGAUCAGGAGAAAAUUAAAAGGAAAAAGUUAUUGGCACCUCGACGUGAGGAGAAUGUUGAACUUGAUACUAGUUCACAGCAGAAAAUGCGAGAGCGAUUAGCUCCAGAAUCUAGCAUUCAGACUUCAUUGAAUAAGGCAGUUUCUAAGACAGUUACAGACGUCCGGGUUCUCAGCCCCCCUGUGAAUGUUACAAAAACUGAAAAAGCAAAGGGGAGGAGUUCAAGCCCCGUGAAUGGUCCGAACAAAGAAAAAGCAAAGGGGAGGAGUUCAAGCCCUGUGAAUGGUUCGAACAAAGAAAAAGCAAAGGGGAGUUCAAACCCUGUGAAUGGUCCGAACAAAGAAAAAACAAAGGGGAGUUCAAACCCUGUGAGUGGUCCGAAAAAAGAAAAAGCAAAGGGGAGUUCAAGCUGUUCCCCGGAUGAUGCCAGGGUUAAAGACGGUGUUUUAACUAAGAAGGUAAUGAAGAAGAGAAAGACAGAAUCUGAGUUGGAAGGAACUCAUUGUCGCCCUCAGAAGCUGGCUUCUUUGAAGGUAGAAGAUAGGCCCCAGUCCGUUAAGCAGUCUGCAGUUGUUCCCUCCAAAUCAAACAUUCAGUCAACAUCUCUACCCGGUGUUGAGCAAUCAAGCUAGCAUGGUAUCAACUAGGAUGUUUGCACAACGGAAUGUUUGUGUAUCACUGUUUUUUGUUUUACCUGAAUCCCCCCCUUCAGUCCUUCCAUAUCAGAUUAUAUCCUCACUGAUUAUCAUCAUUUUUGUAAUUAGAUGUCCCUGCAAAGUUCGGUCAAAUUUAGAUAGCUGUGCUCAUUGUUAGUGAUCCAAGGUGGUGGUGAUUCUCUAGUCAGUAUACAAUUUUGCUUUUAUAUGAAAAAAGUAUGCUGUUUGGAUUGACUCAA